AUGUCGACUGCAACUUUUUCUCCCACAAUCAAACCAAGUGUGCUCUUCCAAAAUAUUCUUGGAAACUUUUACUCAAGAAGACUACUACUUCAUACAUCUUCCCAACCACCUACCAUAGCAUCGCCCCCAUUUGCAGACACUCAAGAAGCUUCACUCUCUUAUGCCCACCAUAUGAGCUUUGAUACAAACGUUGUCAUGGUCCUAUCAGUUCUCUUCUUUGCACUAGUUUGCUCACUUGGACUACAUUCCAUCAUUAGAGUGGUGAUGAGGUACUCCAAUUUGUUAUCAUCCGAAGCUAGUAACGAGCUCGCAGUUCGCUUGGCCAACACAGGGGUCAAACGAAAAGCCUUGAAGAGUUUCCAGACGUUAAGUUACUCUACAGAGCUUAAGCUGCCUGGCCUAGGUACAGAGUGUGCCAUAUGUCUCUCGGAGUUUGUAUCCGGGGAGCGAGUCAAGCUUCUGCCAAAGUGCCACCAUGGAUUCCAUGUCCGGUGUAUAGACAAAUGGCUAAGUUCACACUCUUCCUGUCCCACAUGCAGGCACUGCCUCAUUCAGACUUGCCAAAAGAUAGCUGGCUGCAGUGAGGCGUCCUCAUCACGUAAUCAACCACCAAAUGGCAUCAUUAGCGUGGAUAUAGCACCAUUAGGACCAGAAAGAUUGAUACUCGGUUUCUAAAUACAGUCCAAGUAGACUUGGGUGCAGUUAUGUUGUAAAACUUGAUAUAUAAAAUCAGGGUUUAUAUGUAGUUUCAUAUAUAUUCAAGAUAGCGUUCUCA